AUGAUUCAACAGAUGCGACGGCAGCUAAUCGCCAGCGGUGUCAACCCGGGUCUGUUACCUGCCGACAUUGACCUCAAUAUGAUGUCCAGUGAAGGUCUGGCCUCCGUUGGCGCAGCCAUGUCCGGUCUACAGAACGCCACUGUAUCGGCUGCACUGACCCGCGAAGGCUCCAGGACUGCAUCACGAUCGCCAUCUCACGGCGACCGCUCCAGGGACUCUUCACCAGCUCACUCGGAGUCAUCGCACAAAGGGGGCGAAUGCUUGUCUCCUCUUGUCUCUACUAAAUCCAUAGACAAAGACAUCGAGCGCUUAAGAGAAGUUUGCAGGCCCAGAGAAGAAAAGACACUCUCAACCAUUGACUAUGCCGAGAAAUACCUGUCUCCAUCAAGACCACUGUCGGAUUCACCUUAUUGUAAAGACCAUGUGUUAUCUGCUCCUCUGACAAGGAAUCCUCUGGAAAUUCUACAGGAGAAAACAGCGGCCUCCUUGUCUUCCCUGCCUCUACCUCUAGUCUUCAGGUCGUCAUCCUCUAUGGACAUUAAACCCCCCAGUUCGAGCUCAAGUCUACUCAACUCUAGCGCCCUGUUCGCCAGCUCGCCGUCACUCAGUGCCCUGCAGAAGGAGACAGACGCACUCAAGCCUUCGCCGAUUCUACCUCCACUCAACAUCCCCAUGACUGCUGAAGACUAUAAGGGCUACAUCCAGCGAGGCACAA